CGCCCCCCUCCCCCGCCGCCGCCGGGGCCGCCUCCCGCGGGCGCGCAUCCGCUCCGCUCUCCCGGGAGAUCCGCGGACACACCUCCGCUGGGACCGUGCCGAGCCGGGCCGAGCCGAGCCGGGCCGGGCCAUGGCCCCGCCGGGCCGCGGGGCGCUGCGCUGCGCGCUGCUGUGCGCGCUGCUGUGCGCGCAGGGACCCGCGCCCACCCGCGCAGGAGAGUGUGGCUCGCUGAGGUCCUGCGAGGGGUGCACGGCCAGCAGCCGCUCCCACAACGGCACCGACUGCGUCUGGGUGGGCUGCGGGACCCCCGAGGAGCCAGGAGCCGGGAGCUGCGUGCCGAGGGGCUCAGCCGUGCAGGGGACCUGUGCCCUCUACAACAGCAGCGCCCUGUGCCGAGUGCUGAAGUCCCACACGGAAGAGCCCCCACGAUCCCAUAGCAAGGAGCCAGUGACACACUCCACAGGGACCACCACCACCAGUGCCCCGCUGACGGGCAGCCCCGAGUUCCGCCCGCCCGGCUUCGACACGGCGAGCUUCGUCGGGGGCAUGGUGCUGGUGCUGUGCGUGCAGGCCGUCGCCUUCUUCGUCAUCAAGUUCAUCAAGUCCAAGGACAGCACCUACCAAACGCUGAUCUGAGCUCCCUCCAGGCCGGGGGGUGGCUGUCCCCGCGCUCCCCCGGUGAAGAGGCCACCGCUGUGUCCCCCUCCCACGGCUGGACUGUCCCCCCUGCACGGCCCCCCACCACGACUAUGCAACGCCAGGACCCCAGGGUGGGACAGUCCCCCCCCGCACGGUGCCGGGGGAGGCUCCGGGGGUUUGGGGCCCCCCGGCUGCUCCAGGGGGGGCAGCUGGGCUGGGGGGACCCCUCCAGCCCCGAAUUCCUCCGUCAGCCCACCCCGUGCCCGCGGGACGCCCAGGGCACGCAGGGAUCGAGGACACGGGGCCGUGGGUGGCAGUGGGGACGCUCUGCUGGCCCCAGCCCCGCACGGGCAGAGCCCCAGCCGGAACGGGGCGACAGAAACCAAUAAAGGCUUUUCCUGUA